AUGCAUCUCGAUCUAAUGAGCAGCCCUAUGGCUCGUCACGUGAGGACAUGGCCAAGUGAUGGCCUUGUUCUUCGUCUGGGGUACUGGAAGCAAGAAGAGACCAACAAUAUCACUCACGGCACGAGAUUCCUCCCCAGGAACGGCCUAUUUGGAGCCGAGCAACCUACUCGACGGGAAGCUCACCAUUCUUCUGAUCUUGAAGAGGAUUCUUACGGAACUGAUAUUGAUCGUAUUUGGAAUAUGUACUUGGUCAAUUGGUAUAUCAUCUUUACCACGACCAUGGGCCUCGUGCUUUUGGUCGUCGCGGCCUAUGCUUGGGCCAUGGGCCUGAUCUUCCAACCAUUCAGGCUCACUUCAAUGCUUUUGGGCACUUUGCAACGCGCCAUCGCCUUCUCACUGCUUCCCGCGUUGGCGUACGGAUUGUUCCAUCAGACAUUUCUAGCUGCAGAUGUUUAUACGCGUACGAUGAUCCCAAUCCAGAACAUGGGAAGUCCUCUGUCUGAGGAGGAUCACCACCGGAUAUUUGGGCCAGGACACGAGACUUUGAAAGGAGCCACUGCGGCGAACAGCAUGCUCCUGGAUUACCUCACUUCCAAUGUUAUUGGCUGCAUAGCUCAAGCCAUCGAGCUCGGCCACCCAAAGGUCAUUCUUGGUGCUGUCUUGGCCACACUUAGUAACUCUAUUUACCUUGUAAUAACCCGAAUCUUCGACUUCAGCGAGGCCGAAAAUGGCAAUUACAGCGUUCAUAUUCAUGCCAAGAGCUUUUACGCAUCAUCCGGCAUCAUGGGUAUCUACUGCCUCAGCAACUGGGUAUUGACACCUCAUGGUUCCAUCAGGACUUGCAGACCUGUAUAUGGCCUUGUGGACUUUGCGUCUCUUGUUUACCAGAGCGAUAUCUUGCUAUGUCCCGAGUUUUGGCUGCAAGAUUCUGCAGAUACAGAAGAGCAUAUGAAUGCGCAGGUGACGCUAGCUAACAGGCUCUAUCAGUAUGGCAUCUACCACGGAAUAGAUGGGCGUCGGCACGUCGGCAUCGGCGUCGAAUAUGCACCACCGGCGUGGUUGCUAGAUGAUGAGAAUAUUUUGUGUCUUGGUCGGUCUGUGAAUCUAGCGAGAGCGGCGAUCUCGUCCGGCAUAUAUAGCGAUGCUUCCCUCGUGAUCCUCCCUUCGGAUGGUUCGGACAAAUUAAUAUAG